GGCGCGGGGCCGCCUCUACCUAGUGGUGGCAGUGACUCGACGACCUUGAACUUAGAAUACUACUCGACACAGACCCGCUGACCCAAGGAGCGGCGCGGACUUUGCCCAGCGCGAGGGGCGGAGCUGACGGAGGGUCACGCCGGCGGGCAGCGAAGAUGUUAGCCUUUGCCACCAGGACCGUGGCCAAGCCCCUGGGCCUCCUCAAGCCCUCAAGUCUGACGAAGAUUUCUGGGCGCUUUAAGGCCCACCAGGAUGCACUGCCACGGCUGCCUGUGCCCCCACUACAGCAGUCCCUGGACCAUUACCUCAAGGCACUGCAGCCCAUCGUGAGCGAGGAGGAGUGGGCCCACACCAAGCAGCUGGUGGAGAAGUUUCAGACCUCAGGGGGUGUAGGAGAGCGCCUACAGAAGGGGCUGGAACGCAGGGCCAAGAAGAUGGAGAACUGGCUGUCUGAGUGGUGGCUCAAGACAGCCUACCUCCAAUAUCGCCAGCCCGUGGUCAUCUGCUCCAGCCCUGGCGUGAUGCUGCCCAAACAGGACUUUGUGGAUCUUCAGGGUCAGCUCCGAUUUGCUGCCAAGCUCAUCGAGGGUGUGUUGGAUUUCAAGGCUAUGAUUGACAAUGAGACCUUGCCUGUGGAGUACCUGGGGGGAAAGCCACUGUGCAUGAACCAGUACUAUCAGAUCCUGUCUUCCUGCCGUGUGCCAGGCCUCAAGCAGGACACGGUAGUGAACUUCAUAAAGACCAAGAAGCCACCCAUGCACAUCACUGUGGUGCACAACUACCAGUUCUUUGAGCUGGAUGUGUACCACAGUGAUGGCACGCCCUUCACCGCGGAUCAGAUCUUUGUGCAGCUUGAGAAGAUCUGGAACUCAUCCCUACAGACCAACAAGGAGCCUGUGGGCAUCCUCACCUCCAACCACCGCAACACCUGGGCGAAGGCCUACAACACCCUCAUCAAAGAUAAGGUGAACCGGGGCUCAGUGAACUCCAUCCAGAAGAGCAUCUUCACUGUGUGCUUGGACAAGCCAGUGCCCAGGGUUUCAGAAGAUGUCUACCACAACCACGUGGCCGGCCAGAUGCUGCAUGGAGGUGGCAGCAAGCUCAACAGUGGCAACCGCUGGUUUGACAAGACACUCCAGUUCAUCGUAGCAGAAGAUGGCUCCUGUGGGCUGGUUUAUGAGCAUGCAGCAGCAGAGGGGCCCCCAAUUGUGGCCCUCUUGGACCAUGUCAUAGAGUACACAAAGAAGCCUGACCUCGUGCGGUCUCCCAUGGUGCCCUUGCCCAUGCCCAAGAAGCUGCGGUUCAACAUCACACCUGAGAUCAAGAAUGACAUCGAGAAGGCCAAGCAGAACCUUGGCAUCAUGAUCCAGGACCUGGACAUCACCAUGAUGGUGUUCCACCACUUUGGGAAGGACUUCCCCAAGUCAGAGAAGCUGAGCCCUGACGCCUUCAUCCAGAUGGCCCUGCAGCUGGCCUACUACAGGAUCUACAAGCAGGCAUGUGCCACAUAUGAAAGUGCCUCUCUCCGCAUGUUUCACCUGGGCCGCACAGACACCAUCCGCUCAGCCUCCAUAGACUCACUGGCCUUUGUGAAGGCCAUGGAUGACUCCAGUGUGACGGAGCACCAGAAGAUAGAACUGCUGCGGAAGGCUGUGCAGGCCCACCGAGCCUACACUGACCGAGCCAUCCGCGGGGAGGCUUUCGACCGACACUUGCUGGGCCUGAAGCUGCAAGCUAUUGAGGAUUUGGUGAGCAUGCCUGACAUCUUUAUGGACACCUCCUAUGCCAUCGCUAUGCACUUCAACCUCUCUACCAGCCAGGUCCCUGCCAAGACAGACUGCGUCAUGUUCUUUGGACCUGUGGUCCCAGAUGGCUAUGGCAUUUGCUAUAACCCUAUGGAGGCCCACAUCAACUUUUCCGUAUCAGCCUACAACAGCUGUGCUGAGACCAAUGCUGCCCGAAUGGCACACUACCUAGAGAAGGCACUCCUGGACAUGCGCACCCUGCUGCAGCAUCACCCCCGGGCCAAGCUCUGAGCCCCGGGCCAAGUCUGCCAACGCCACAACCACACCCACUUGGAGACAGGCAUCUGCCAGGGCUCAGGUCCUUGGCUCUUGUGCCUCCCCAUUUGACUGAGCCAGGGAAGCAUCCUCUAGUGGGUCCUACAGACCCAAGCCAAGUGCCUUCCAUGGACUUGUCCUCAGCACAUGCCACAGGCCAAGCACCAGGGCUUUGAGAGGCUGAGCAAGACAGAAGGCCCAGGUCCCCAACAUAUCACCCCCCGCAAGGCUUUACCUGGGGAAGGGAAACAGUCCCUGCCAUUGCCAGGGUCAGCACCUUGCGCCUAAACUCCCAAAGUAUUUGAAGUCGGCAUUAUUGAGAUCUGAGAGGCUAUGAGCCUCACUGAGCAGAGGGUUCAGGGAUGAGGUUCCCUGACAAAGGGGGGGUGCCUGGGAUCUACCUUAGCCCACCCACACCAAGGAUCCAUCUCCCAUGUGUCUGCCAUACUCUUUUGGACGCCCAUGGUUUUAUAAUGUGAACAUGCUGGGGAAUCAAUAAAGGGGAGAUGUGCUGGUCAA